CACUUGUAUUUUAUCAUACUCUAUUCUACUAGUACAGUACAGCUAAACCGUAACAGUUGUAGACUUGUAGUUGUAGUGUAUCCUCCUCAAAGACACACAAAUAAUAGUAAUAAAAAAAUAAAGAAAAAUAAACUAGUAAGUUUCUCCGUGAACACUCUUUGCAUUUCUUCAUCUUACUUUUUCACUUUUCUCUGCAAAAUUCAACUUAUCUUUUGUUUUUUUGGCCCCCAAAUUUCAUCAUAUCAAAAUUAUCAUCAUAAAUAAAUAAAUUAAUUAUUAUUUAUUACUACACAAACACUCAAAAUUUCAGUUUCAGUUUCAGUUUACACUUAUUCAUGAUCGAUUGAAAAUUUUGAAUCAUCAACAACAACAACAACGAUUAUGGGUUGUAACCAAUCAAAGAUCGAAAACGAAGAAUCGCUUUUACGAUGCAAAGAGCGAAAGCGUUUCAUGAAAGAAGCUGUUUCAACUCGUAACGCUUUCGCCGCCGCACACUCCGCCUACACAACUUCUCUCAAAAACACCGGCGCCGCUUUAGGUGACUUCGCUCACGGCGAAGUUCAAAAUCCGAUCUCCACCGCCCCUGAUAAUAACUACCCACCAAGACCACCGGAGAAUCCAAUCCUUCCUCCACCUCCUCUCCCUGAUUUCUCCCAUGGUUCUCUUCAUCGUGCUGCUAGUAUGCCUGAAAUCAAGAUCGCUAAACCCGAUCCUCGGUCCAAUCCGUUGCAUAAACCUAUUCUUGAGGAAGAAGAUGAAGAUAGAGAGUUAGAGGAUGAAGGUUCGUUAAGGAAAAGAAGAACUAACAGAAACACUGGUGGGGGUGUUGGUGUUGGUGUUGGUGUUGGUGGUGGUGGUGGUGGUGGUGGGGGUGUGAAUAGUAAUAGUAAUAGUAAUAGAAGGUUGGAUUUUGAAGACGAAGCUCCACCGCCUAUGCCACCGCCGUUGGUUAAACAACCGCCGGUGAGUCGUGAGCAUAUUGGUAAUGAUAAUCAUAAUAGUCAUCAUCAUACUAUGUCGAAUCCGAAUCCACAGCAAAAUUCGGCUGCUUGGGAGUAUUUUUUUCCACCAAUGGAGAACAUUGCAGGACCAAGCUUGAAUGAGGAAGGUGAAGAAGAAGUUACUUUUAACAGGAUGGAUAGGAUGGAGUAUAUGCCAAGACCUAGUAGGGUUGGCAUUGUGGAAGAAGCUCCAACUCAAAGACGUGUUGAUCUUGAGGUUCCUUUUCCUAUUCAUGAGCCUCAGCAUAUUCCUGAGCCUGAGGAAAUGAUUGAGUCGCCGAUGGAGUCACCUAUGCUAUCGGGGAUGAAGGUGAAGAUGCCGGUUACGCCUCCUUCAACGGAGGGAAAGAGGAUUGUGAAACAUAAUGCUAAUUUGGUGGAGAUUUUUGCUAUUCUUGAUGAUCAUUUUCUUAAGGCUUCUGAGAGUGCUCAUGAGGUUUCAAAGAUGCUUGAGGCCACUAGACUGCAUUAUCACUCUAAUUUUGCUGAUAAUAGAGGACACAUUGAUCACUCCGCAAGGGUCAUGCGAGUUAUUACUUGGAAUCGAUCCUUUAAAGGAAUACCUAAUUUGGAUGAUGGGAAGGAUGAUUUUGACUCGGAUGAGCAAGAAACUCAUGCUACCAUCUUGGACAAGUUGUUAGCUUGGGAAAAGAAACUUUAUGAUGAAGUUAAGGCUGGUGAACUAAUGAAGUUUGAGUACCAAAGAAAAGUUGCCACACUAAACAGGCUGAAAAAAAGAGCUAAUAACUCGGAAUCAUUGGAGAAAUCCAAAGCAGCUGUCAGUCAUUUGCAUACAAGAUAUAUUGUAGAUAUGCAAUCAUUGGAUUCAACAGUCUCAGAGAUUAACCGAUUACGUGAUGAACAAUUGUAUCCAAGACUUGUCCAGCUUGUUGAUGCGAUGGCCACUAUGUGGAAAGAAAUGCUAUCUCGCCAUGAGAAGCAAUUGGAGACUGUGCAAUUACUGAGAUCGUUGGACCCUUCCCAAUCCCCUAAGCAGACUAGUGAACACCAUCAUGAGCGAACAUAUCAGCUAUUGGUUGUUGUACAACAGUGGCAUACACAAUUUGAGUUGCUAGUCAACAAUCAAAAGGGAUACAUAAAGUCCCUAACUAACUGGUUAAAAUUAAACCUCAUCCCUAUUGAGAGCAGUUUGAAGGAGAAAGUUUCUUCACCUCCAAGAGUUAGAAGUCCGCCUUUACAGGGUCUUCUCCAUGCAUGGCAUGACCGUCUAGAGAAACUUCCCGAUGAGCUUGCUAAGACAGCUAUCGGAAACUUUGCUGCUGUGAUAGAUACUAUUUUCAAUCAGCAAGAAGAAGAGAUGAUUUGUAAGAGGAAAUGUGAGGAUACUCGAAAAGAACUUUCCCGCAAAACCAGGCAAUUUGAGGAUUGGUAUCACAAGUAUAUGCAAAGGAAAAUGCCAGAAGAUGUUGAUCCAGAUAAGGCAGAAGAUGCUAAUGCUCCCGAUGAAGUUAUUACAGAGAAGCAGUUUUUGGUUGAACAAGUGAGGAAGAGGUUGGAAGACGAGGAAGCAGCCUAUGAAAAACAAUGCCUUCAAGUGAGGCAAAAAACUUUGGGAAGUCUCAAAAACCGCAUGCCAGAGCUCUUCAGGGCUAUGUGUGAUUUUUCUCUUGAAUGUUCUAAAAUGUACAUGGAAUUAUGCUAUAUAUCACAGCACCUGGGCCAGAACUUAUCAUGAGGUGCUUUGUGUAUUUAUUUAUUUUUUGUGGGUAAAUUAAUUUUUUCUUGGA